AUGAGGGAAGAAUACAUGAUAAAAGCCGUGCCACCUUCAGACGCGCUUGCAAUGGCGAGGAUCCAAUACGACUCAUUCAACAAUGCCAACAAUACUACGGUCGAUGAAAUAUCCGAGUUGAUCGAAGCGGAAAUUGCAGGUGCCCAGUCUACACUAUCCUCUGUUCUCACUAGGGAGGAGAGGAUAGAGAAGACGAUGGAACGACAGCGAGAACUGUUUGAUGCAACACGGGCAUAUACUUUGAUUGGAAUAUAUCGUUCUUCUCCCUCUUCAGAAGCUUCAGAGGAUUCAAGAGAAGAGUUGAUUGGGUUUGCAGUUUGGCGAAGAAUCACCAGCUGCACUCCGCCCGACUCGAUGGAAACAGAUAGAAAGGAACGACUAGAACCAACACUACACAACCGUUUCUUUGCCCAGAUGAACCGAACUAGAGAAGUUACAAUGCUUGGAAAGACUUAUUGGUUUUUAAAACUACUAGCUGUCUCGCCACAGUACCAGAGACAAGGUCAUGGCACAAAGCUGCUAAGAUACGGAUUGCAAAGAGCAGAAACAGAAAAAGUAGACGCCUAUUUGGAAAGUAGCCCAAUGGGAAAAACAACCUAUCUCAAAGCCGGAUUUAGAAUACUAGGUUUCGAUAGAUUGAACCACAAGAAUGCUAAGAAAGGUUAUGUAGAAUGGCCCUUUAUGAUUUAUCAACAUGCAUCCAGCCAGGUAUAG